AUGGAUAUAUUAACAUUAUUAUUAAUGAUAGCAUAUGCAUUUAUGGGGUUAUUAGCAUUGACAUCGGUAUGCAUCGAAUUAAUCUAUCAUCGAGCCAAAUGGAAUUCUCUUAAAAUGUUUUUCUACUCGAUCUUCUUUUUACACAAUCUUUGCAGAGCUAUCGUAUUGGGUUGGGAUAUGAAUCAAGUAGAAUCGGAUGAAUUCUCUUCCAUAUCAGUGUCAUCGUCGGCAGCAGCGUCAUCAUCAUCUACUGCAUUGUUGGAUAAUAGUGGUGGUAUACAAUUCUAUACAAACUUUCCAGCUUUAAUCUUUAUUAGUUAUGUUGGUUUAAUUGCACUACAAAUGAUUCAAUUUUCAACAAGUGAUACAGUUAGUUUAACACAUCCAGAUGGUAGAUUUAGAGAAAACAAUUGGUUUUGGGUUAAAUGGGGAUCAAACAUUUUGAUUACACUCAAUUUGGUCAUGUAUUUUACAGCGUUUCUAUUGUUUGGUAUUGCCGAACGAAACAAUGCCACCUCUAAAUCAUCGGGUGUCGUCGUCGAGUUGUUGGAAUACUUUUUCUUUUCCAAUCUUUUAAUCGUCCUCUUUUGUCAUUGUCUUGUACUCUACAAAACAUUUUGGAGAUUUCAAAAUAUUUUUGGUUUAAAAUUAAAUAUAUUACAUAUAUCAUUAAUUUUAUUAUUGGCAGCAAGAAGUAUAUUAUUAUUAUUGAAUCCAAGUAGUAUCAAUAUAUCUUUUACAUUGGUACAUGCUAGUCGUACCAAAGCAAUCUUAUCAUUUGUCUAUUAUUUGAUCGGUGAGAUCAUGCCAUCACUAUCCAUUCUAACCAUUGAAUUCUUACUACCAUAUCAUGAUGAAUCUUAUACUCCACUUGGUAAUAAUGAAGAAUCAUGGAAAGUUAAAAGUAUGCAAAAGAUUAGAAAGAUUAAUAAUGGUGGUAGUGGAGCUAUUGUUUAUCAAUGUAGAUUAACAUUGAAUGAUGGUAGAAUAGAGAAUUUGGCAGCCAAGGUAAUGUCAAAGAGAGAUUCACAACCAAUUGAAAUUCAAAAGAUUCGCAAUGAGAUUGCUAUUUAUCAGACUGUGCACUGUUCACAUAUCCUUAGAUACUACUCUUACCAAGACCAAGAAGAACUUGUAUUGUAUUUGGAGUACAUGCCAUACACACUCGAACAGUAUAUCAUUGCUAGAUCGGUAUGUGAAAACAGGGUUGGUCUGGAAUCAUUCUUGACACAUAUUGAUCGAUACGCUAGUAAUUCUGCCAAUGCGCCUGGCAGACCAUACUACCUCACCUUUACUGAAUUCAUUCAACUAUUCCACUCUAUAUCGAUGGCACUCAACUAUCUUCACAAAUGUAAUAUCAUUCAUCGUGAUGUCAAACCAGGCAAUAUAUUUGUGUCGCUCACUGCGUCGUCGCAACUUUCAGAGUGCAAGAUUGGUGAUUUCGACAAUAGCACUAAACUGCCAACCAACAGUCUCCUCAGUAGCGUUAGUGGAGGUGGUGGUGGUAAUGGUAGUGGAAGUUAUCAAAAUAAUAGUUAUGGUAGUGGUGGUGGAAGUUAUAGUAAACUACUUGGCGGCGGAAACAGCAAUAAUAAUAACAGUAAUAAUAGUAAUAAUAAUUAUACGAAUGGUAAUAAUAGUAACAAUAAUAAUAAUAAUAAGGAAAACUGUACAAUUGAAAAUGGAAUGUUUACAUCUUUUUAUAUUGACGAUAAAAUCAAUCGAAAUCAUUCCAGUAAUAAUAAUAAUAAUAUUUAUCAAAAUGGAAUAAUCAAUCCAAUAGAUAAUUGUAAUGAUUAUGAUCCCUAUUUUAAAUUAGAUAUUUAUAAUUUUGGAAUAACAAUGUAUAAUGUUUUAACACUUAAUAUCGAACAGAAUUUAAGUGCUUAUAAUCCACGCUCGCAAUUAAAAACACCAAUGUUACCCAAGCUACCUUAUAUUGGAGAAUGGCCACAAUGGAACGAGAUUUCAUCGUUGUACCAACACUGUACACAUGAAAACUACAGAGACCGUCCAUCAGCCGAAGAGGUCAUGUUUAGAUUGGACCAAAUUCGAACAUUUGGUCGUCGUGAUCAAAAUAUAUAA